CUGUAGACAAAGUUUUAUUGAUGGGCUCAACUUUUCCAGAAUUACCGCAGGCAACAGUGGCUACUCUGUACAAAUGUGUGAAAAUGGGUCGGCAAAUGUGGGAUCUCCAAAGGCAGUCCGAGCAUGUAUCAUCACUGAAAAUCAAACCCUUAAAUUAGGGAACGUCUCAGUCUUGGACUGCUCUCAGAACCUGUUGUUAUUGGCAAACUGGACAAAAACGCAGGAAAACACCUCAGGCGAACUUUUAUGGAAUAUGUCCAUGAGCACCCAGGUCCUCACCUUCAAUUCAUCUGCGUUGUCCCAAGAAGAAAUCAACAGUGCUACCAUAAUUGUGGAGCACAUCUUCACCUCUGAAAAUGCGGUAGCUGAGGCCAAGGAAACUGCAGUAACAACAGUGAGCCAGCUACUAAAUGCCAGCAAAACUGCAUUUGAAAGAUCUGAAAAUGAAAGCUUUCAAAGUCUGAUUAAGGGCCUGAGUGAAUAUUCCUUGGAUCUGGAAAAAGACGAAGCCGUGGUUCAGCCCAAUAUUGCAGUUCAGUCUGUUAAAAUGCCUUGGAGUGAUUCAAAUGUUCUUCUAAACGUAGGCAAAAACAGGUUCCAAAACACACUAUCUCUAAAUACAAGUGCAGACUCACUCAUGCCUAGUCACAGCACGGAUCUCCAGGUGUUGAUCAGUGUCGCCAAAAGUAGGUCGCCAAAAUUACUGUUCAUUUUUCUCCAAAGGAUUACAAUUGUAUUGUUAGGCUAAAGGUUACUGAGGAUAAGAGGGGGACCAUCUUUUGGUUAGAAAACAUUUAGUUUAAUGGGACAGAGCUUUGAUCUAUUUUGAAAAUCGGCAAAAUUUGGCACUGCAAUAGUCCAGCUGACUUUCAAGAUUUUCAUUCUCCAGGGAAUUGGAUCAGUUGAAAACCAUAGGGCUGGUGGGUAUCUCAGAAUUUUAGGGCAUGAAUUUUUUUUGUUAAUCAAUGCAAUUU